GCGACCGACUGCGGGUGCGGGGAGCAGAGCCAUCACCCGUUUGGCCAAAAGGUGCAGCCAAACGGCCUACGCGCCCGCGGCUUAAUCUCCGUGCUAGCUGAUAGGACCUAGAUAGACGCCCAAUUUGCCCUCAGCCGCACGAGAUAACCCCUCCCGGCGAUGUUCUGCUUUCCCCUUUUCCCCUCGAUCACCUUCUACGAUCACGCACAAGGCUGCUUAAAUAAUAAAGGAAAGCACAUCAUACAGCUCUGCUGUUUUCGUUUGACGUACAUCUCCUAACCUACGGCAAGGGUUUCACCCAGACCAUCAUCAUGUCUUUUGCAUUGGCAAAGGCCGCGCGGCUGAAGCCCGAGAUUCGGCUGGCGCAAGAAAUCUCAAAGUUCGAGGCCACCCUGUCCGACGAGCAGAAAGCGACCUGCAAUUCCUGCAAGUCCCAAGCGCUGGCAUCACCGCCAGAUGCUGGCGAUAUUAUGCGAUUGACGGCCGAGGUUGACCGUCGCGCUGCCGGAAGGGGGUACCGUGGCCGAUGUUUCGGGCCUCGCUUCUCCAAUAUCCUAGAGACCAUCCAACCGUUCGCCGCUCUUGGGGAUACCGUGGUCGGCGGUUCUCAGAACAUCAUUGCCUGCGGCGUCUGGUCACUCGUGAGGAUGACAUUACUGUUGGUGGUGAACUUCCAUUCCUACUUCGAGAAGCUGUCGGAUCUUUUUAUGGCCAUCGGACGGUCUUCUCCCCGCUACCAAAUGAUGGCACUACUCUACCCACGAUCCGAAAGGCUACAAUCAUACCUCUGCGAAUACUUCAUCGUGGUCGUCCGUCUCUGCCAUCAGCACCUAAAAUUAAUACAAAAGUCGACACUCGGACAGCUUAUGUCUUUCAUCAGCGAUUCGGAUUUGAAGACCUACCAGUCAGAUACCGAUUCAUGGGCGUCGCUGAUUAAAGAGGAGGUGAAUGCUCUCAUGGCGAAGGAUGUUGCAGAGCAGAGCUCCCGGACCAGAACUCUCCUCCAGUUUUCGAAAUCGGAAACCCAUCGCAAAAAGUUCAAGGCCUACACCCGCAUUCUCAACGCUUGCGCGACAUACAACUACCAGAAGGCCUGGAAGGAGACACGAAAGGCCGGAUAUACCACCCUUCUCGAUCGAGCGCACGAAUACCAAAAUUGGAAAGUCCAGCCCAGUUCCUGUACACUUGUAUGUACUGGCAAACUGGGGUCCGGCAAGUCCGUCCUGUUGGCCAACAUGGUCGAUGAUCUCAACCUCCAUGUUCAAAAAGAACCGCUCCCGGUCGCGUACUAUUUUUGCCGACAUGACAACUCCGAGAGUUUACAGGCACGCACGAUAAUGGGCUGCCUGGCUCGGCAGCUGCUAGGCCCACCUCCUGGCCCUGCAGGGCUCGAAUGCUUAAUCGACGCGAUAACUCCGACAAUGGACCUUGAUGGAGUGACGAAUUUACUCCUGAGGGCCCUGCCAACAAGAGCCUACGUCGUCGUUGAUGGACUGGAUGAAUGCGACAAUGAUCAGAGGCAGAGCUUGAUUCGUGCAUUGUGGCAACUUCAAGAAGAAUCUUCCCUUCUGGUGUGUAUUUCGUUCAGAGUUGAGCCCGACACCGCCUCACGACUACGCACAGAGGCUUUUGCUAGGCCCAGCGUCUUGCAAAUUCCCGGCGACAAUCCCGACAUCGGGCAAUUCAUCAAUGCAGAAUUGAAAAGGCGCAUAGUGUCUGGGGAGCUGAAAAUGGGGGAACCAGGCCUUAUCCUAGAGAUCCAGGAUGCUCUGGUGCGGGGUGCCCAUGGAAUGUUCCUCUGGGUUGCGCUUCAGAUCGAGUCUCUGUGCAGCGCAAAGACAGACGAAGCGAUUCGACAAGCCUUGGCCGACCUAUCAAAAGAUCUUCCAAGCACAUUUUCUCGCAUUCUACAGAAAUCGGAAUCGCUUGGGAAGGACUACCAACAAAAGACACUCAAGCUUGUCAUCGCCGCUCGCCAUCCCCUCACAACAGACGAACUACGGGAAGCCCUGAGUGUGAACCCGGGGAAUACGGAUUGGAAUCCGGCCCAGCUUCUCAACGACGUCUAUUCAGCGCUGGCCUGCUGCGGAAGCCUUGUCACUGUCGAUGAGGAGGACUUCACGGUGCGAUUGGUGCAUCACAGCGUCAAACAGUUCCUGCUUGGCGGGCUCGGAAGCUCGUCCGGCGGCAUGUUUACCCUCGGCAGUGCAAUGGCAACAAUGGGACACAUUGUUGUCACCUACCUCAACUACGGGGUUUUCGACAACCAGUUAUCCACUUCGGUGGCUCCGCAAGUAAUGGCCGCGACAGUACCACGCAAGAUCAUUCAGUCCGCUGUGGGCACCUCAGCCUCAGUUCGUGUUCAGGAGCUUGCAUUGCGGCUUCUAGAAUCCCACAAGCAAUCCGAAUACAAUAUAGGCCCUCUUCUCAGGAACGAAAGCAAGCGUUCCAGUCCGCACUACACAAAUCAGUUCAACUUCUUCCCUUAUGCGAAAUUGUAUUGGUUUCAUCAUAUCAGGAGCAUCCCAAAGGAGGAACCAGUUAUAUACGGACAGCUUCUCAAAAUACUAAGGAGGGGGGUAAUUAACAUAAAUGUAAAAGAUGAAGAUGGUUCGACGCCGCUCCAGUGGGCUGCCGAAAAUGGGCACGACGCCGUCGCGCGGCUGCUGCUCGACAGGGGCGCCGACAAGGACGCCAAGGAUGGCGACGGGUGGACGCCGCUGCACCGUGCCGCAAAGGCCGGGCACGAGGCCGUCGCGAGGCUGCUCGUGCAGGCGGGCGCCGAUAAGGACGCGGAGGAUGGCUACGGGAGCACAACGCCGCUGCAACUGGCCGCGGAAAACGGGCACGAGGCC